AUGUGGCGCAUGCGUGGUGGCGCCACCAGGCGCGGGGGCUGCGGCGGCGGGGAAGGCGGCGGGGACAGCCGCGGGCAAGGCCGCCCAGGCCGCGUUCGUGGGGGUGGCGGUAGCGGCGGCGGCGUGGGCUGGCGAGGCCGUGCGGGCGGCGCCCGACAGCAGCUGGAGGAGCGGUUCGCCGACUUGGCGGCGAGCCAUCUGGAGGCCAUCUGCGCGCGGGACGAGCGGGACCGGCAGAACGCGAGGCUGCGCGAGGAGAACGCCCGGCUGCGGCUCGAGAACCGGCGGCUGAAGCGCGAGAACCGCAGCCUCUUUCGUCAGGCCUUGCGGUUCCCUGGCGAGGGCAGCGACGGGGCGUCCGCGGACUCGGCGAGGGCGACCCCUGUCCCGGAGGAGGCCAGCAUGAACCGGAGGGCGAGGGGCGGCGGCCCCGAGGACGAGCCGGGGAGCCCCAGGGCCCUUAGAGCCCGGCUUGAGAAGCUGGAAGCCAUGUACCGCCGGGCCUUGCUGCAGCUGCACCUCGAACAGAGGGGGCCGCGACCGCGUGGGGAUAAGGAGGAGCCCUCUCUGGGCAGCCCAGACUCAGGCCUCCAAGUGCCACAGCCAGAGCCCUCCGAGCCCUGGCCAUAGCCCGAGGCUGCAGUCUGGAGAGGCGGAGCCUCGCGCAGGCUCCUCCUCCGGUCAGUGCUGCCCCCACCUGGCGCACGCGUGAGCCGCGCGCUCCCGCCUCCGGCCUGGCCCUGACACUUCCGGGGGGCGAGCUUUCUGCUCGCGUAGGUUGUGGAGAGGUGGGGGAGGGCGUCGGGCUGGCUGAGUCCCGCCAUGUACAGAGCACCUGUCUCUGGCGCCUGCUAGUUCGGUGGAGAGAGACCUAGCACCGGAGGGGCGGGCUUUAAAACAGCGUGAAGUGGGUGGCAGUCGACCCUUCCUAAUGCCUGAACUUUUCUGGGUGUUGUAAGGACCUGUGGUAUUUUUCCCUCUAUUUUUGGUUCUUCCAGGGAUGAUAGUACAUUUUGAUUUGGCUUGGUUUGUUUUUCAUCGUCUCCUAAAGCCUCCAGCUAGUCUCUCUCAUGUGGCCAACAUUUUAAGUGUUUGGUUUGUUUUUAUAAGUCGGUGUUACUUUGGUAUCCUGUGAAAUAUCACCCUUUAAUGCACAAGGUGAUGUUUAUAAUUUAGAAACUCGUGUCUGCCCUGGUUCUAGUCCCUACACAUCUAAUAUAUACUGAUUUGUUAAUCCCACUCCCCCAUCACCCCCCUGCCUUGGGAAAUUUUAAACUAUCUUCUUAUAAGUAAUCCUUCGAAUUGAUAAAUAAAUUUGGUGCACGGAA